AUGACCUUCCUCUUUUGUAAGUGGCUAAUUGCCGCUAAUAUCGUCACUCGACGCAGGAGAGUAUCAGACUCAGAGGCAGAGGCAGCUCCACGGCAAGCGACAGAGACGACUCGUGAAACUGGGGUGUCAACUCGAGGAAAAGAAACUGCUGAAUCCUCGAGAAAAGGAAAAGAACCGUCCCGCCCAACGGAUAGUGAAGAGGAGUUUGAUAGUGAAGCGACCGAAACUUCUGAAGGGGAAGGUGAAACUAAUUCAAGUUCUGAAGAGGCAUCUGGUCUCCCUGACUCUUUCUUUGAUAGGGGACUUGUGUGCCCAUCUGCUGCUCCUACUCAAUCACAAGCUGCUCCGAAAAAACGGAAAGAGAGAGUCAUCAUGGAAUAUCCUAACCGGAUGACGGCUCCAACUCAAGCUUCUCCCAGAGCUGAACUUCCCACUAAAUAUCGUCAUGAAGGUUCUGAAGGGCAUCCAUCGAAGAAACAAAAGAAGGCUGCCUCUAAACCACGCGUUCAUCUUCCUGCUCCAGAAGAGACGUCUGGUCGUAGUGCUUCUUCUGAUGAACAAGGAAGUCAAGAAGAGGGAGAAUAUCGAGUUGAAGCUGCUUCUCCUGGUGGUAUGGAGACUGAAGAGACCAGCUUUGUCCAACAGAUGCAGGAUGCUCUGAAGGAAGGACCAGCUGAUGUUCCAUCAACUCCUGACAUUGAUCCAUCAGCUACGGACGCAGGACCAGCUACUGGAACUGAUACUACUAUAAUCACUGGAACAUCUGAUCGGCCGGAGGAAUAUUCUCCUAAGGAGCCUCUCAAUUUGGACCCCCUAUCUUCUGAGGCUUUAGUUGAAAAAGUCCCUGAUGUAGCGGGUGCAUCAACAGCGACCAUUCCUGAACCAACCUUGAUUGUUCAAGAAGCCAGACUACCAUCCUUGGGCGAACCAAGUCAUGCUGAAGGUUCUUCCAUCGAACUUGGUAUGCUUUAG